ACCGAUUUCUGACACGGACAGAAUUCCUUGCGCCGCUCUCUGUUUUCUCUCUCUCUGCAGAUCAAAUAGUGCCCAAAACUCAGCAGAAAAAUACUAGCAACGCGGUGAGAAAAUUUCAAUAAAUUCCGCAACACUUUUUCCUCAACGCCCUCUAAAAUUUUGUCCACUUUCUCAUUUCGGAAAAGAGAAAAAAAAGGCAGUUUCAAGAAGCAUCCAAUCAUCUCGGUGCAUGUAUUUAGUGGAUAUGGGUCCGUGAGAAACGAAGUUGGGCAAUCAAAAUUCGUCACUCCCAUCAAUUUACUUGCCAGAAAUUGUCCGAUUUCGAUAUGGAAUUUGCUUGAAAUGUGUGGUAAAAGGAUAAAGCGUUGAUCUUGGAGCUGUUUCAGCACUUUUAAGCAAGUGGUGAAGUCUUGAAACUGGUGAUAAUCUAGAGAGAGAGAGAGAGAAAUGGGAUCUGGAAACGGGUUUUACCCGGCUGCAGAGUUUGAUUUGGACCCGAAAUGGUUGGUGGAUCCGAAGCUUCUCUUUGUAGGGCCUAAGAUUGGAGAAGGAGCUCAUGCCAAAGUCUACGAGGGAAAAUACAAAAAUCAGAAUGUCGCUAUCAAAAUUGUUGAGAGAGGGGAUACAGCUGAAGAGAUUGCAAAGAAGGAGGCAAGAUUUGCAAGAGAAGUUGCAAUGCUUUCCAGAGUCCAACAUAAGAAUUUAGUUAAGUUCAUUGGAGCUUGCAAGGAACCUGUGAUGGUUAUAGUUACCGAGCUUCUACUUGGUGGGACGUUGCGAAAGCACUUGAUCAACCUGCGCCCUAGGUGUCUGGAUAUACGAGUGGCUAUUGGAUUUGCGCUUGAUAUAGCUCGUGCAAUGGAAUGUUUGCACUCCCAUGGAAUUAUCCAUCGUGACCUGAAACCUGAAAAUUUGCUCUUGACAGAAGACCAGAGAACAGUCAAACUUGCUGAUUUUGGUCUUGCCAGAGAAGAGUCGUUGACUGAGAUGAUGACUGCGGAGACUGGAACCUAUCGCUGGAUGGCCCCAGAGCUGUAUAGUACUGUGACACUAAGACAUGGAGAAAAAAAGCAUUAUAAUCACAAAGUGGAUGCUUAUAGUUUCGCCAUUGUGCUAUGGGAGCUCAUCCACAACAAGUUACCCUUCGAAGGCAUGUCGAAUCUGCAGGCAGCCUAUGCCGCGGCUUUCAAAAAUGUACGGCCAAGCGCUGAUGAGCUCCCGGAGGAACUGGCUCGAAUAGUGACCUUAUGUUGGAAGGAAGACGCCAACACUCGCCCCAACUUCACUCAGAUAAUACAGAUGCUCCUGCAAUAUCUCUCGGCGAUCUCUCCACCCGAGCCGGCCAUACCACACCGUGUCUUCAGGACCACAUCCGAGACGAAUGCUGUCUUCCCACCGGAGUCCCCGGGGACGAGCUCGUUGAUGGCGAUGAGGGGCGAUGCGGCUGGCACGCCAACGGCGGCUAUGGAAGAUGAGCCUCGAGGGCUUUUCUCCUGCUGUAGCUAGUGGUGCUGAUUGGUGAAGGAGGUAAAUGCUGCAUAAAAUUCUUGAGUAGAUAUAUAUGGUGUAGCUGCUGUAGGAGGUUGAUCAUCUGCAUAUUCGAUUUUGGUGUGAUGGAAACGACAAGGGUAGUAGAUUAUGGGAGUUUAAGGGGUUGCUGUGAUGGCGUUGUAGUGGAAUUAUGAGGUCCAUCCAAAGGCCUUUUACUCCAUUGAUUUGUAGUUUUAGAUCAUAUUAUGCUACACUUCCUAACAAUGCAGCUCUCAAAUAUACAUAAAGUAUUUCAUA